AUGCGUUCUCUUCUCAAAGGAAAAGCCACCCACUCGGCAACUCUGGAAUUUCUAGCCAAGAAAUUCACUCCGAUGGAAGGUUGGAGGCUUACAUCAUCCGAUAGGUCUGCAUCAUCAGCAGAGGACAUCAUUAAACAUCAAAACAAUCACAAGCUUCCUUUUUAUUUUUCAAAAUUAGGUUUUGGUGGUCAUUAUUUAAAUUUAAAUCAUCCCGAAGGUGAAAGUGUUAUUCAAGAUCAACAAUUUGCAAUUCAAAAGGCUAUUCAAGGUGGAGUUAAUUUAAUUGACAGCAGUGCGGAUUAUGGAACAAGUCAACAGAUGAUUGGAAUGGUACUUAAUGGAAUGUGUGCUCAUCAUCAUCCAGUUCACCACACACACCAUCAUGGCCAUACGCAUGCCGAAAAUGAUAUUAAAAUAUAUAGAGAAGAAUUAGUGGUCAUGAGUAAGAUUGGACCAUUAGAUAAUUAUAUUGAUGAACGAAAUCAUUCUGUAUUAUCUCGACUUGCCAAUGAAUGUCAAGUCCAAGAUUUAGACAAACGAAUUACAAAAUUAGCUGAUAAUUUGCAUCACUAUUCUCUUGACCCUCUCAUUAUAUCUCAUGAAAUUACAAGAUGUUUACAAGAAUAUCAAGUAGAAACGCUCGAUGUUUUAGUUUUAAAUCAACCAGAAAAGCUUUUACAAGCAAUGUUAUUGCAAAAUACUGAUGGUAAUGAAUUUGCUGUCUAUGAAGAAUUUUAUCAUCAACUCGAAAAAGCAUUUAAAUGGCUAGAACAUGAAGUAGAACGUGGACGUAUUCAGGCGUAUGGUAUUGCCUCAAAAGCAAUUACUCGAGUUCCAAACGUUGGUGUUUUAUCAAUCGACUUGGAAAAAUGUCUAAAGAUUGCAGAGAAGGCCUACGGAGGAUUGAAUCACAACUUUAAGGUCGUACAAGUGCCAUAUAACCUUCACGAGACAAGUGUUCACACGGACAAAAUUUUCUAUGAUCAACGAUCAAACUCUUAUGUCAAUUUCCUCUCUUUUGCUAAAAGCUAUGGUCUUGCUACCAUGGGAUUUAGACCACUUACUACUCAACUUGAUGCUUAUUUAAUAUUUCGAUUCGCUGAUUACCAGUUCGAUAAGAAUAAGAAAGAUCAUAUGGAAAAGCUUGUCCAAGAAUAUCAAGAAGCAGCAAAUGAAAUUGCUUACACUGAACUUAACACUCCAUGGUACAACGUCAACCUAUUAGAUGAUUCUGUGAUUUUGUCGAAAGAAGUACAAUCAAGCACUCGACCAGAAUUUUCUAUGGAAAAUAUUCUCAAAAUAAGACCAUCUAUUUCUUGGGGACAUAUUAUCAUGACGAAUUAUGAUCAAUUGGAAUCCUAUUUCACAUUCAAAAAAGUAUUACAAAAUAGAAUUAGACCUGAACAGAAAUAUGUUUUUGCAAAACUCGCUGAGCUAUCGGCCAAGGUCAAUGAAAAUGAUUACAACGCAGUUGGAAUGAAAAAAGAAGGAACAGAUGCCAAUCAGCUCAAUAAUUUCAAAGCACAAUGUCAUAGGUGGCUUUCUCACUAUCAACGUCUAUGCAACAAGUUUUAUCAACUUUAUUCUGACUUACUCUCUAUCAAGCAUCAACACCAAUGUGAGGAUUUGCAUUCUAAAAUUUCAAAAGUUUCGCAUGAAGAUUUGGACCAAUACACGACGUUGGCUCAGAAAAGCAUGCGCUGUCUUGUUGACACUCCCAAUUUAGAUACCGUGUUGGUUGGAAUGCAUAGGACAAAGUAUGUGGACGAGCUUCUUUUCUCCAACUCCAAGAGCGAAUAUUCUCUGUUGCAAACUCGCUCACCAGAAAUGCAGCAAAUUUCUGACUCGGUCAUCCGAGAAGUGAAACUGAAUAACUUUAGACUUAUUGUGGAUGGAGAAACAACACCGCAUUUACAUUCUCAAUAA